GCACAGAAAAAGUUGGUCAAAAUGGUUUCCAAAAGAAGACGGUUAGACUCUGAAGAUAGAGAAACUGUGACAGAAGAUACCUCCAAGAUUAUGAAACAACCCCUUUCCAAGCUGGCAAAGAAAUCUCAUGAUUCUCAUGAAGUUGAAGAAAAUGGCAGUGUCUUUGUAAGGCUUCUUAAAACAUCAGGACUCACUCUUAAAACUGGAGAGAACCAAAAUCAGCUAGGUGUGGAUCAGAUAGUCUUCCAAAGGAAGCUCUUUCAGGCCUUGAGGAAACAUCCUUCUUAUCCCAAAGUAAUAGAAGAAUUUGUUAACGGUCUGGAGUCCUACAUUGAAGACUGUGACUGUCUCAGGAACUGCCUGUUGUCUUGUGAGCGUCUGCAGGAUGAGGAAGCAAGCACAGGUACAUUUUACUCCAAGAGCCUCAUCAAACUACUUCUGGGGAUUGACAUUUUACAGCCUGCCAUUAUCAAAAUGUUAUUUGAAAAAGUGCCACAGUUUCUUUUUGAAAACCAGAGCAGUGAUGGAAUCAACAUGUCCCGACUCAUUAUCAAUCAACUAAAGUGGCUGGAUAGCAUUGUGGAUAGCAAGGACCUCACAACCCAGAUGAUGCAGUUGAUCAGUGUUGCUCCGGUGAACUUACAGCAUGACUUCAUCACUAGCCUUCCUGAGAUCCUAGGGGACUCCCAGCAUGCUAAUGUGGGGAGAGAACUCAGUAAGCUGCUGAUGCAGAAUACUUCAUUGACUGUUCCAAUUUUGGAUGUUUUUUCCAGUCUCCGACUUGACUCAAACUUCCUGUCUGAGAUCCGCCAGUUGGUGAUGGGCAAGCUAUCAUCUGUCCGAUUAGAGGAUUUACCUGUGAUAGUAAAGUUCAUUCUUCAUUCUGUAACAGACACCACAUCACUUGAGGUGAUUUCUGAACUCCGGGAGAAGUUGAAUGUGCAGCAUUUUAUUUUGCCGUCACGAGUUCAGGCUUCCCAAAGCAAGUUGAAAAGUAAAGGACUAGCAAGCUCUUCAGGAAAUCAAGAAAACAGUGAUAAAGACUGUGUUAUUCUUGUCUUCGAUGUAAUCAAGUCAGCCAUUAGAUAUGAGAAAGCCAUUUCAGAAGCUUGGAUUAAGGCAAUUGAACGCAUUGAGUCAGCCACUGAGCAUAAGGCAUUGGAUGUGGCGAUGCUGCUCAUCAUCUACAGCACCAGCACGCAGACGAAGAAGGGCAUUGAAAAGGUGCUGAGGAACAAGGUUCAGUCCGGCUGCAUUCAAGAACAGCUACUCGACAGUACGUUCUCCACACAUUACUUGGUUCUUAAGGAUAUUUGCCCAUCCAUUCUUUUACUGGCUCAGACUUUGUUUCACUCUCAAGACCAGAGGAUAAUUUUGUUUGGCAGUCUCCUAUACAAAUAUGCUUUUAAAGUUUUUGAUACUUAUUGCCAGCAGGAAGUGGUUGGUGCCCUAGUAACACACGUCUGCAGUGGGAACGAGGCUGAAGUUGAUACUGCAUUGGAUGUCCUCCUUGAGCUGAUUGUACUAAACCCCUCUGCUAUGAGGCUGAAUGCUGUUUUUGUUAAGGGAAUUUUAGAUUAUUUGGAGAAUAUGUCCCCUCAGCAAAUACGAAAAAUCUUCUGUAUUCUCAGCACACUAGCAUUUAGCCAACAACAGCCUGGAACCAGCAACCAUGUCCAGGAUGAAAUGCACCUGGUGAUUCGGAAGUGGCUCUCCAGCACUGUGUUCAAGUACAGACUCAUCGGAAUCAUUGGUGCAGUCACCAUGGCUGGCGUCAUGGCAGAAGACAGAAGUAUACCAUCUAAUUCAACCCAGAGGAGAGCUGAUGUGAGCAGUGAAUGGUGUACACAGGUGACUUCUCUGCUACAGCUGGUUCAUUCUUGCACUGAGCAUUCUCCUUGGGCCUCUUCUCUUUAUUAUGAUGAAUUUGCCAACCUGAUCCAAGAAAGAAAGUUGGCUCCAAAAACCUUGGAAUGGGUUGGGCAGACCAUCUUUAAUGAUUUUCAAGAUGCCUUUGUGGUAGACUUCUGUGCUGUUCCAGAAGGUGACUUUCCAUUUCCUGUGAAAGCUCUCUAUGGACUGGAAGAAUACAGCACUCAGGAUGGCAUUGUCAUCAACCUCCUACCACUGUUCUUUCAGGAAUUUGCAGAAGAUGUCAGUCAAGUGACUUCACAAGAAUCAAGCCAAAAAUCAAUGUCUCCUUUGUGCCUGGCUUCCCAUUUCCGGCUGCUGAGACUUUGUGUGGCAAGACAACAUAAUGGAAACUUGGAUGAGAUUGAUGGUCUCUUAGAUUGUCCUCUGUUCCUCCCUGACCUGGAACCUGGAGAGAAACUGGAGUCCAUGUCUGCUAAAGAACGCUCACUUAUGUGUUCACUCACAUUCCUUACUUUCAACUGGUUCAGAGAGGUUGUGAAUGCCUUCUGCCAACAAACAUCUCCUGAGAUGAAGGGGAAAGUGCUUAGUCGGUUGAAGGACCUUGUGGAACUUCAGGAAAUCCUAGAGAAGUAUUUGGCAGUCACCCCAGACUACGUUCCACCUUUCGCAAAUGUUGAUGUGGAUACUUUAGAUGUGAUACCUAGGAGCAGUUCUGCUGUCUCAACAAAAAACAGAAACAAAGGAAAGAUGGGGGGAAGGAAACAAAAAGCCGAUAGCAGCAAAGCAUCCUCUACUGAAACACUUCUAACAGAAGACACUUCAGAAUGUGACACGGUGACAUCUGGUAGAAGCCAAGUAGAUAAGGAGUCUGCAGGGAAGGAAGGAAAGACAUUUGUGUCACUACAGAAUUACCGUGCUUUUUUCCGAGAGUUGGACAUUGAGGUCUUCUCUAUUCUACAUUCUGGACUUGUGACCAAGUUCAUCUUAGAUACUGAAAUGCACACUGAGGCUACAGAAGUUGUACAGCUUGGGCCUGCUGAACUGCUUUUCCUGCUGGAAGAUCUUUCCCAGAAGUUAGAGAAUAUACUGACUCCUUCUUUUGCCAAAAGACUCUGUUUCCUCAAGAAUAAAGGAAACCGGAAUAUUGGAUUCUCACAUCUUCAUCAGAGAUCUGUUCAGGACAUUGUUCAUUGCGUUGUUCAACUGCUAACCCCAAUGUGUAACCAUCUGGAGAACAUUCACAACUACUUCCAGAGCUUAGGUGCUGAACAUGUCAGUGUGGAUGACAAGCCAAGAGUGAAAGCUCAGGAGCAGCACACCAUGUCUUCAUGCUACCAGAAGCUGCUGCAGAUCUUUCAUACCCUCUUUGCGUGGAAAGGAUUUGCUCACCAUUCAAACCGUCACCUCCUGCGCUCAGCUCUGGAGGUCCUCACAAGCCGCCUAAAGCAGACGGAGCAGGAGCAGCCCUUGGAGGAGCUGAUCAGCCAGAGCUUCAGUUACUUGCAAAAUUUCCACCACUGCAUCCCCAAUUUCCAGUGUGGUCUUUAUCUCCUCCGACUUCUGAUGACCCUUCUGGAGAAAUCUGCUGUGUCUGCCCAGAAGAAAGAAAAACUUGCCUCUCUGGCUAAACAACUGCUCUGUCGUGCAUGGCCUCAUGGGGAAAAAGAGAAGAACACCAAUUUUAACGACCACCUACAUGAUUUGCUUUGCAUUUACCUGGAGCACACAGACAAUGUUCUGAAGGCCAUAGAGGAGAUCUCUGGUGUUGGUGUCCCAGAACUGAUCAAUGCUCCGAAAGAUGCAUCUUCUUCUACAUUCCCUACGUUGACCAGGCACACCUUUGUCAUUUUCUUCCGUGUGAUGAUGGCUGAACUCGAGAAGACAGUGAAAAGUCUUCAGGCUGGCACAGCAGCAGAUUCACAGCAGGUUCAUGAAGAGAAGCUGCUGUAUUGGAACAUGGCUGUUCGAGACUUCAGUAUCCUCAUCAAUCUGAUGAAAGUAUUUGACAGUUACCCUGUUCUGCAUGUGUGUUUAAAGUAUGGACGUCACUUUGUGGAAGCAUUUCUGAAACAGUGUAUGCCACUUCUCGACUUCAGCUUCAGAAAACAUCGGGAAGAUGUUCUGAGCUUGCUGGAAACCCUUCAACUGAACACAAGGCUACUUCAUCACCUUUGUGGACAUUCUAAGAUUCACCAGGACACAAGACUCACCAAACAUGUGCCUUUACUUAAAAAGUCACUGGAGCUGUUAGUUUGCAGAGUCAAAGCCAUGCUUGUCCUCAACAAUUGUAGAGAGGCUUUCUGGUUGGGUACUCUGAAAAACCGAGACUUACAGGGUGAAGAAAUUGUUUCCCAGUGUCCUUCUUCCCCAGAGAGCACUUCAGAGGACAGUGAUGGUGUCACGGCAUCCCACGUCUCCAGAGACAGAGCAAUAGAGGAUGGGGAAGAUGAAGCAAGUGAUGGACAAAAUGACCAAGAUAAUGAUGAAAGUGAGGACAGCUCUGAGUAGACCCUGGGAUACAACUGCCCCUUCCUCAUCGCUGGCAGCCUCUUACCCUUUUCUCUUUGGGGUUUGAAGUCUGAUCUCUUCCUUUCCAACCAUAGCUUCCUGUUUUUCCUUCAAGAAGGUGUUUUUAUUUAAUUAACCAGUGGAUAUCACAGAUUGUCCAGCAUUCAGGUUUCUGACUCAGGAUUCUAGUGUAGAAUCCAUCAGUGGUUUGGAUAAACAUGGUUCUUCUGCAGAGUAAAUCCAUAAAUGCUCUGGCUGGCCUUUGGGGGCUAGUUUUGAAACUGAUUUAUUUUAAAA